CAGACGGGCACAAAACGUCCAGGAGCCCCGGUCCGGGCCUCGAUCGUGAUCCCACGUGGGGUCCGCAGAGGGCGGCGGCAGCCCUCCCUCGGUCGCGCGCCCCGCCUCCCUGCGGCAGCGAUGAGCGCGCGCGAGGCGCUGGACGGCAGCCAGGCGCUGACCGACAGCGCGUCGGCCCGGGCCGCCUCGGGGGGCAGGAGCACCUCGCCGUGCUCCGAGAGGAGCGGCGGCCGCGAGCGCCAGAGGCGGGGCACCGGCACCUCCAGCUGCAGGCUCGCGCGGGAGCUGGAGGGGCUCAGCCUCGCGGAGCUCCGGGCCAAGGCGACGCAGUCGGACAAGGACAUCAAGGACUACGCCAGGAGCCUGUGCAAAAAGAAGUGGACGGAGGAGGUGAAGAGGAAGCAGCGGAUCGAGGAGGCAAUCAGCGAGCUCGAGAGUGCCGGGCCGGAUGGAGUUGGGCGUAGCGCUGAGGUUGGAAGACUCGAUGGUACGGUGUGUUUGGGAUGAUGAGCGUACUGGCGGCGAUGUGCUUGUCUCAUGUGUUCUUUUUCGCCACCUUCGUCAAGCGAAGUGGGGCGACCUGCUUAGCAUACACGUCGUCGUCUUUUCUUCGUCCCACUCCUUGCAGUCUCUAGCCCAGAGGCUCGCUCGUCGAAUUUGCGGCCUGCCUCUUUCAGAGGCCUGGCUGUUCCGAAUUUGCAACUAUGCGCGAUCAGCAGAGCGACCAUCCCCACAUGCCAGGCAGGCAGGUCGGCGUAUCUGCCAGACCCGGCCAGCUUUCUUGGCCCAGGUACUUUCAGUUUUCAGCGGCAGCAGCGGCCUGCCAACCGUGUCAGGCAAGGCGCCGCUUUCAACUUGGAUGCGGCGCCGGCCUGUUGGAUCCAGGCUGCCGAACUUCGCAAAAACAUGAUGGACCCACGAACCCGGAAAGGGAUAAAGACAU